AAAAUCUCAUCAUAAAUCGAAACAAACACGACAUGGCCAUGGAAUGGAUUGCGGAGUUUGUUUUCCGUGAGCGGCGCGAAGAGCCACGCGGUGCAGCAUUUUCAAAACAAACGCCCCAACCACGCCUUACAUCGAUUGAAGAGUUCCAGCUGGUGCUGGUGAUGUGCGAAUUCUUUUCCCGUCCCGGUCCGGAUGCUACCCGUAAUGCAGUAUUUUUAUCCCUUUUCGGAGGAUCGAACGCACGAACGAGUGUUCUGAAUAAGCUGAUCAGUACGGCAGUGUCGGGCUCGAUUGCACCGCUUCUGUGUGCUGCCGGAACGUGGAUGCAGCAACUAGGAUGCACUUCACCGGCUAGUCUCGAGUUGGCUCAGUGCAUUGUGCGAGAUUUUGUAAUCUUUUCGAAAAAUUCUUCUGAGCAACUAAAAUCGUUGCCGUUGGUUGCACCACGCUUUGCCGCGAAUCUAAUGACUGCUGUUACGGAUCUGUAUCUGAAUGGGACGACCAAAUCGCAACUCAUCCCACCACCCGAUCUUUUGUUAGAUGUCAUUACCGACUGGGUGUCGGAGAAUCCUUCCCUGUGUCUUGCUUCCCAACAACAGCUGGCACUACCUACUGGAGCCAUUGCGAUGCCGGUCAUAACGCCGCUAGCCGGUCUCAUACGUUGGUGUGUGCUGUCGCUGUUCGUUACGGAUAACCAGGAGCUGUACAGCAAACUCCAUCUAGCCGUACUGCAAAGCUUGCUGGAAGCGACACCACCCGUAACGAUACCGCCUACGCUACAACCGAUCAACGCUCAACAUCUAAUGCUUAUUGUGAACACAAUACAGGCCGAAAUGGAAUGUCUUGCGAAGAAGGGCCAAUCGUUGGAGGAGGAAAAUCUUCAAAGCUGCUUGGAACGGUUUGCCCAAGCGGUACAGGUCGGUCUUACAUCGCGCUGCAUCUUUGGUAACAUCUCGCAGCUAAUGUUCCGGCUGGAAGCACUGCCGGGAAAGAACAAACUGCUGCAAAUCGUCAUCAAUGCAAAUAAAGUUAGUUAAAGAAA